AUGGUGGGCUGGGAGCCACAGGAGAGAGCCAUCGACCUGCAGGGCAAGGUGUACUUCUUCGACGGUCAUGCCUUCUGGGAGAAGGAGACCCAGGAGCUGAGGACGUACUUUACCCAGCAGUGUGCUCGGGAAGGUGAUGUGUCCCAGCUGGAGGGCUUGGUGAGGAGGAACCCAGGGGUACUGAGAGAACAGGAUGACUCUGGUGCCUCUCUGGUCCACCAUGCUGCUGGUGCAGGAAACAUCCCUGUUAUCAGCUUCAUCUGCAGCAACACACACACAGAUGGGUGGAAGGUGUAUGAUGACGAGGGGUCCAUGCCGCUGCACUGGGCUGUGGAGAGGAACCAGCCAGACAGCUGCAGGGCUCUGUUGGAGCUAGGGGCUGAACCCAACGUCCUCAACAAGGCCCUGAUGUCACCUCUACACCUGGCUGUUAGCCUCACACACAACCAUCUGGUCCAGCUCCUGUUGUCUCACUAUAAGACAGAGUCUAACCUAGAAGGAGGUCUUGGCAACACUCCUGUCAUGUUAGCCUGCUCCAUCAAUAAUACUGAGGCUCUCUCUAUACUGCUGAGGCAUGGGGCGCGGCUCUCCAGUCAGAACAAACUGGGCCACUAUGCUAUCCAUGCAGCUGCCUUCGCAGGCUCAAAGAAAGCCAUCGAUGUCAUCCUCAAAGCUGGAGAGGAGAUGGGUCAUUCCAUAGAGGAACACAUUAAUUUCCUGGAUAAGUCGUGCAGUAGUCCACUUCACCUGGCGGUCAGGGGAGGCAACAUGGACAUCAUUGAGUUCUGCAUCCACAAAGGCGCCAAGAUCGACCAGCAACAGGUGGACCGGUCCACAGCGCUGCACUUUGCCUGUUCCCAGGGAGCUACAGAGGCUGUUAAACUGAUGCUGUCCUCCUACAGCAGGCUGGACAGCAUCAUUAACCUGCCUGAUGGAGCCUGCCAGACACCUCUACACAGGGCAACUAUAUUUGAUCACACAGAAUUGACGGAGUACCUCAUUUCAAAGGGUGCAGACAUUGACUACAUAGACUGUAAGGGUCUUUCCCCACUGCUGCUGGCUACUAACUGCGGAGCCUGGAGAACUGUGGCUCUUCUGCUGUCCAAAGGUGCCAACGUGAACAUAAAGGACAAAUCAGGAUGUAACUUCCUCCAUCUGGCCAUCCUGCAACCCAAAGGCCUCAAAAACCUCUCCAGAGACAUCUUACAGCACAGCAGUGUGAAGGAUCUGUUGAGUAACGAGGACAACGAGGGAUGUACUCCUCUCCACUACGCCUGCAGACUGGGUAUCCACGAAUCUGUCAAGAACAUCCUGGUUCUACAGGUGUCUCUGGACCGCAAGUCCAAGGACAAGAAGUCUGCCCUGCACUUCGCUGCCCAGUAUGGUCGUGUCAACACCUGCCAGCGUCUGCUGGAGACAAUCACAGACUCCCGUCUGCUGAAUGAGGGGGACGAGAGAGGCCUGACCCCCCUACACCUGGCCUCUGGAGGAGGACACACCAAGGUGGUGGAGCUGCUGCUUCGUAAAGGAGCCCUCUUUCACUGUGAUUACAAAGGGAGGACCUGUUUACACCAUGCGGCGGCAGAGGGUUACACCCACACCAUGAAGAUUGUCCUGGCCACCAACAUCAAACUACUGGACAAGCUGGAUGAGGAUGGGAGCACUGCACUGCACUUGGCAGCCCGGGAGGGCCAUGUAGCAGCGGUGAGACUGCUGCUGCAGAGAGGGGCGGAGAUCAGCCUCAACAAGAACCACGCCUCCUUCUUCCACGAAGCACUGCAACAUGGGAGGAAGGACGUGAUUAACGCUAUCAUCGACAGCGACAGAUGUAAUCACAUCCUGAGUAUGUUCAAACGUGAUGCUGGCUGUCGUUGUCCAGUGUUGGACCUGGUUGACUUGCUGCCAGAGUCUUGCAAGUACCUUCUGGAUCGCUGCAUUAGAGAAUCAGACGACGAUACCAGAAGUCCUGACUACCAUAUCGACUACAAUUUCCAGUGGCUUCAGGCUCCGAUAGCGCUGACGAAGCAUGCAAAGGUAGACAAAGGCCUGAAGAUCCAGCCUCUGGCCACUCUGAAUGCCAUGGUGAAAUACAACCGCAUAGAGCUCCUCUCACACCCCGUCUGCAAGAAAUACCUGGAAAUGAAGUGGGUGGCCUACGGGAGCGCUGCUCACCUUCUGAACCUGUUUGUAUACCUGCUGGGUCUGCUUCCUCUCACCCACCUCAUAGUGAGCCUGAGACCCAGCCUGGAAUACACCGACCCUGACAACACCACAGCUGUCACCAUGGUGCCCAUUUCCUUCAAAGAGCACGGCUCCUUCCUGUCCAGCUGCAUGGUGAUGGUGCUGGUGAUGAACAUUUAUUCCAUGGGGAAGGAAGUGACGCAGAUGUACCACCAGCGUUUGAAUUACUUCAAGGAUCCCUUUAACUAUCAGGACUGGACCGUGGCCAUCUUCUCUCUUCUCUUUGUCAUCCCUCUGUACUUCAACGUUGAGGGGUCUUGGUUCUGGCAGGCUGGGGCGAUGGCAGUCUUUCAAUCCUGGAUUAGCUUCCUCUUCUAUCUGCAAAGGUUUGAGCACUUUGGGAUUUACGUGGUGAUGUUUAACGAGAUUGCGAAGACGUUGUGGAAAAUCCUACUGCUCUUCUUCUUUCUGAUGCUGGCUUUUGCCUUGGUCUUCCAUGCCCUCAUGCUCAAUCAGAAAGAGUUUGAGCGACUGGACCUGUCUGGGGUCCAGAUCUUUGUGAUGAUGGUUGGAGAACUGAAUUACCAAAGCAACAUUCUGGACAUAUACCUAGACAACAAACUUCCAUUUCCCUUCCUCACUUUCUAUAUGUUUGUGAUGUUUGUCAUCCUCAUGCCGAUCCUGCUGAUGAACAUGAUGAUCGGUUUGGCGGUCGGAGACAUCGCUGAGGUGAAGAGAACCGCAGCUCUGAAGAGAAUAGCCAUGCAGAUUGAGCUCCACACCAAUCUGGAGGAAAAGAUGCCGUACUGGUUGUUGAAGAGAUUGGACCAAUCAUUCUUCACCAUCUACCCCAACCGCAAGUGCUCCAAGGUGGUUGGAGGGUUCUGUGCCUGCACUAGUUCCAACAACAACACCUACUGGUGUGUGAGAACCAUCAACGAAACACACAACACCCUGUUCUGUGAGUUCGCUACGGGCUUCCUCGAGUACUUUGACCUCAACCACGACCCCUACCAGUUGACCAACACAGUGUAUUCAGUGGAUAGAGAGGUGUUGAACACCCUUCAUUCCCAGCUGAUGGAGAUGAGGAGCUGCCAGGGACACAAGCAGUGUAACCCCCGACCCAAAGGGCUGGACCCAACAGUGCUGUCAAUAAGCCUAUUGGGCCUGUCACUUUCCACCAGUCUGGUUAUCCUCACUGUUCUGAAGAGUUCUGGGAACAAGCUUAUUGGGCCUGUCACUUUCCACCAGUCUGGUUAUCCUCACUGUUCUGAAGAGUUCUGGCAAUAA